AUGAGAGCAGGAAACACUUCUAUCAUUUAUAGUCAUCUGGGCAGGAGAAUCUGAAGAAAACACCUGAGAAAUCUUUGAGCGGUGUUCAUUUUCAGGAGUUUCAUCUCGAAAAUGACUUCCUGCACUAUAAUGUUUUUGAGACCGCACACUUGGUGAUGAAUUAAUAUUAAUGUUAGAAACAUCAGCAGACACAAAAGUUGACGGUUUUGCCUUGUAGACAUCAUCCUUCGCAUCCGUGUGCGUAGAAAUUAAACUUUCCUGCAAAUUAACAUGGAGCCAAUGUCAACAAAUUUCACAAUUAGAUAGCUAGUCAAAUGCUUAGAGAAUUUCUACAACAAGAUUGCAAUGGAAAAUGUUAAUUAUGGCUGUAGAAAGAAAUUCCACGAAGAAGGUAGUGGGAAAAAACCAAAAGACUGGCCAAGGGUCACGUUUUACAAACAGAGGGAAUCAAACAAGAGGGAACAAUUUUGCCAGAUGAUGAUUUGACACACAGGAAUGGAAAAGGAAGGUAAGGUUGUACAGCAUGCCAGUAUACUGUAAGGAAGAAUUACAGUAACAGCACGAUGAAUUUAGCAUGCAUAUGGUUCGUUCUCCAAGAAUUUCAGAGAAGAUGAAGGAUCUAAAUUCAGGCUCAGCAUACUAAUUGAGAACAUAUAUCAUAUACCUGAGACAAUUAGCAUCCUAAAGGAAAGGAAAAUAAUGGCAAAGUCAAUAAGCAUAAACUAAUCAUGACUGGAACAAACUUGGACAAACGUACAUCGAUCACAAGCACACUACAUAGGAGGAAUUAAAUGAGUUAAUAUGAUUGCGAUUGCCAUAACAAAAAGUAAUUAGUAUUUUGUCACCAGAAUGUAUUCUUAUUUUCGGCUUAAUUCUUCUUCUGAUGAUCGAUUCAGCCUCUGAUAAAAAAGAUAGACCUUGGUUCUAUUUCAUCUCUUCAAUAAGUUUAGUAAUGAGCAUAACAGCCCUAUUGUUCCGAUGGAGAGGAGAACCUAUGAUUAGCUUUUCGGGAAAUUUCUCACUUUUUCUGGUACAUGAUGUAAAGUUGUAUAGAAACUAA